AUGGCACAAUCAGUUUUGAUCAGGAAACGAGGCACAAUCAAAGCCAAGUUGGCUCAUUUUGAAAAAUUCUUGAACAGCGUACAGCCUCAAGAUUUAGACAGACAAACUAUAAUUCAUAUGCAAGAACGGUGUACUAAAUUCGAAACCCUUUUUGACAGCUUCGAUGAAAUUCAGUCAGAAAUUGAAUGUGAAUCAGAUAAUCCAGAAGCAUGCUAUGCAGAAAGAGAGGAUUUUGAAACCAAGUUCUAUCUUCAGCUCUCAAGAGCUAAAUGUUUAUUAGAAUCACAAAGUAAUCUCAGUAACAACAUUCCUCACAACAAUGAUGACACUAAAUCACAACAAUCUGAAUCUGAUACGCAAUCAAUUUCAGAGCAAUCAGUUUACACACAAGUAUCAGUAACCCAAGUUGAUGAGAUCAAUGAUACACACAAUGAAUCCAAUGAGGUCAAGGUAGGUGCCACCCAAUGCACUCUAGUAGCAGCACAGAAUGCCUUACUUGCCACAGCACAGGUGGAUGUCACAGACAAGAUAACCUCAAUGGUUCCUGACAAUAAUAUUCCUAUUCAACAUUUCAAUUUACCAGUCAACAUCAAACUGGCAGAUCCAGAAUUCAAUGUUACACGAAAUAUUGACAUUUUAAUCGGUGCAGAUGUUUUUUGGCAAAUCUUAGAGAGUGAACGCAUCAACAUUAGUAAAGAUUUACCCAUUUUGCAAAAUACCAAAUUAGGUUGGGUCCUCGCUGGUCCAUUAUCCAUGCCAGUCACAAAAACUCACUGUCAUUUGUCAGUAACAGAUCCUUUACAGAAUCAGUUAAGAAAGUUCUGGGAGCUGGAAGAAAUCCCAUUUGAUUCCCCGGCUUGGUCCCCAGAAGAGCGUUUAUGCGAAAAACAUUUUAUUGAAAAUCUGCAAGUUUUAGAAAACGGACGUUUCAUGGUGUCAUUGCCAUUCAAAGAAUCUCCAGACAAGCUGGGUCAUUCACGAGAGUUAUUAGACCGCCUGCACAGCCAUUUUUGGACUAGAUGGAGCAAAGAAUAUAUCAGCGAACUGCAACAGCGCUGUCGUUGGAAGCAAACCCGAGGAGAUCUACAGAUAGAACAGCUAGUGCUAAUGAAAGACGACAACGCCCCUCCAGCCAAGUGGCGUCUUGGAAGAGUCAUUCAGCUGUCACCUGGCACCGACGGCGUCCCCCGAGUUGCAUCGUUGAAAACCGAGAACGGAAUGACUUCUAGAGCUAUCAACCGCCUGGUUCCAUUGCCGGUUGUCCAUCCGCAGGAUUCCCAAGGCCCGGGGCAUGUAUGUGCUACGCCACUGGCAAAAUGGGUUUCGACCAUCUCCCGCAGGAGUGCGCCACCAUCCAGCGCGCAGCCUACCACUGCCGACCGGAAGACCGUUGAAUUUUGA